ACGUCAGUGGUCUGCGGCUGUAGCGUGAGUUUGCUGCUAGCUUUUGUUCGAGCGACGUCCGAGUAGCCGCCGAGAAGCCACCGACACACCGAUUAACGGAGAUUUGACGACACAAACCGGCGUUUAAACGUGAAUUCCGGCAGCUCGAUAAACACAGAAAGGAUCGCAGAGGACAACCAGCAUCUUUCUCCAUCGCUGCUCCCGACAUCCGCCCUGCUUUCAUCCCAGUCGCCUUCCUCCGCUAGUUAUCGACAUGGCGGCUUUGCUCCUACUCUGGCAGUCCUGCUGAACCGCCGCCCUGGACUACCACCAUGGAGCGAAAACGCAGAAAGAAAUUAAUCUAGCUGCUCGGGCCCUUUGCAGUAUGGACUCAUUUUUAGAGCUGUGGACCUGAAACGCUCUGUUGACCCUGAACCAGGCGCUAGCUGCCGGCCUCGCAGAAGGGCCUCCAGGGUCGAAGUGAUGGCUCGCACACUACUAAACAUGCUCCUGGUGUCUGCGUGGGCGUCCGUGCUUCUGGUGCUGCUGGGGGGCUUCCUGCCGCUGGUGGGGACGGAGCCGGAGGGCGGAGCCAAAUCUGGCUCAGACCACGCCCCCGACUCGGAGCCCCUCCCCUCGCCGCCUGGCUCCAACUGCUCCCAGUUAACCCUCAAACUGGAGUUCUCCUCCAAGGUGGUGGAACACGAGUACAUCGUAGCGUUUACAGGGUAUUUCUCAGCCAAAGCCCGCAGCCUGUACAUCAGCAGCGCCCUGCGGAGUGCCAACGACGGCGCCCUGGAGUGGCACAUCGUUCCCAGAGAGAACCCGGCCUCCGACUUUCCCAGCGACUUCGAGCUGCUCCACAUCCGCCAAGCUUCGCGCCGCAGCCUGCUGACCUUAGAGGACCACCCUUACAUCAAGAGGGUGACGCCGCAGCGCAAAGUGUUCCGCUCGCUCAAAUACAUUCCCUCACCUGAACCAGCCGCACCCUGCAACGCCACCCGCGGGACUCAGAAGUGGCAGUCGUGGCAAUCGUCCCGUCCUUUCCGGCGAACCAGCCUGUCGCUCGGCUCGGGCUUCUGGCACGCCACCGGCCGCCACUCCAGCCGGCGCCUGCUGAGGGCCAUCCCUCGCCACGUCGCCCAGAUCCUGCAGGCGGACGUCCUCUGGCAGAUGGGACACACCGGCUCUGGUGUGAAGGUGGCGGUGUUCGAUACCGGCCUGAGUGAAAAACACCCGCACUUUAAGAACGUGAAGGAAAGAACCAACUGGACGAAUGAGAAGACGCUGGAUGACGGUCUGGGUCACGGUACGUUUGUAGCAGGAGUCAUAGCCAGCAUGAGGGAGUGUCAAGGCUUCGCCCCCGACUCAGAGCUGCACAUCUUCAGAGUUUUCACCAACAACCAGGUUUCGUACACCUCGUGGUUCCUGGAUGCUUUCAACUACGCCAUCCUCAAGAAGAUCGACGUCCUGAAUCUCAGCAUCGGCGGACCCGACUUCAUGGAUCACCCCUUUGUUGAUAAGGUUUGGGAGCUGACGGCUAACAGAGUGAUCAUGGUUUCUGCUAUCGGCAACGAUGGACCUCUGUAUGGCACCCUGAACAACCCGGCGGACCAGAUGGACGUGAUCGGAGUGGGAGGCAUCGACUUCGAGGACAACAUCGCCAGGUUUUCCUCCAGAGGCAUGACCACCUGGGAGCUGCCGGGAGGUUACGGCAGAGUGAAGCCUGAUAUCGUCACCUACGGUUCGGGCGUUUGGGGUUCGGGGAUGAAGGAGGGAUGUCGCUCUCUGUCCGGCACCAGCGUGGCUUCUCCGGUGGUGGCGGGCGCCGUCACGCUCCUGGCCAGCACCGUCCUGAACCGGGAGCUGGUGAACCCGGCCUCCAUGAAGCAGGCCCUGAUCGCCUCGGCCCGCAGGCUGCCCGGCGUCAACAUGUUCGAGCAGGGCCACGGGAAGUUGGACCUGAUCCGAGCCUACCAGAUCCUCAACAGCUACAGACCUCAGGCCAGUCUCUCUCCGAGCUACAUCGACCUGACCGAGUGUCCCUACAUGUGGCCUUACUGCUCUCAGCCCAUCUACUACGGAGGGAUGCCCACCAUCGUCAACGUGACCAUCCUCAACGGCAUGGGCGUCACCGGCCGGAUCGUGGACAAGCCCAUCUGGCAGCCUUACCUCCCCCAGAACGGCGACCACAUCGACGUGGCCGUCUCGUACUCGCCGGUGCUGUGGCCGUGGGCCGGUUACCUGGCCGUGUCCAUCUCCGUGGCCAAGAAGGCGGCGUCGUGGGAAGGCAUCGCUCAAGGUCACGUGAUGGUCACGGUGGCGUCGCCUGCAGAGAACGAUUCGGAGGUGGGAGGCGAGCUGACCUCCACGGUCAAACUGCCCAUCAAGGUGAAGAUCGUGCCGACUCCGCCCCGCAGCAAGAGGGUCCUGUGGGACCAGUACCACAACCUGCGCUACCCACCCGGCUACUUUCCCCGAGACAACCUCCGCAUGAAGAACGACCCGCUGGACUGGAACGGGGACCACAUCCACACCAACUUCAGGGACAUGUACCAGCACCUGAGGAGCAUGGGCUACUUUGUGGAGGUGCUGGGAGCUCCCAUCACAUGCUUUGAUGCCAGCCAGUACGGCACUCUGCUGAUGGUGGACAGCGAGGAGGAGUAUUUCCCCGAAGAGAUCACCAAGCUGAGGAGGGACAUCGACAACGGCCUGUCGCUCAUCAUCUUCAGCGACUGGUACAACACGUCUGUGAUGAGGAAGGUCAAGUUCUAUGACGAGAACACCAGGCAGUGGUGGAUGCCGGACACAGGGGGCGCUAAUGUACCAGCGCUGAACGACCUGAUCUCGGUGUGGGGGAUGGCGUUCAGCGACGGCCUGUACGAGGGAGACUUCACGUUGGCCGAUCAUGACAUGUACUACGCCUCAGGGUGCAGUAUCGCCCGGUUCCCAGAAGAUGGAAUAGUGAUUGCCAAGAACCUGAAGGACCAAGGUCUAGAAGUGUUAAAGCAAGAAACCGCCGUGGUGGAGGGAGUUCCCAUCCUGGGACUGUACCAAACGCCGUCUGACGGGGGAGGUCGCAUCGCUCUGUACGGAGAUUCGAACUGUAUAGACGACAGCCACAGACAGAAAGACUGUUUCUGGCUGCUGGACGCUCUCCUUCAGUACACCUCCUACAGUAUGACCCCUCCCAGCCUCAGCCACUCCCACAGCAGAGUGGCGCCCCCCGCAGGCGUCGAGCGCCCACUGCCACAGAGGCUGGAAGGAAACCACCUCUACCGCUACUCCAAGGUCCUAGAGGCUCACCUGGGCGACCCUAAGCCCCGCCCCCUGCCAGCCUGCCCUCACCUGUCCUGGGCAAAGCCACAGCCGGUGAAUGAGACGGCUCCCAGUAACCUGUGGAAGCACCAGAAGCUUCUCUCCGUUGAUCUGGACAAAGUGGCGCUGCCCAACGUGAGGCCGUACCGUCCCCAGGUCCGACCUCUGUCUCCUGGGGAGAGCGGGGCCUGGGACAUCCCUGGAGGGAUAAUGCCCGGCCGCUACAACCAGGAAGUGGGUCAGACCAUCCCCGUGUUCGCCUUCCUGGGCGCCAUGGUCGUCCUGUCCUUCUUCGUGGUCCAGCUCACCAAGGCCAAGAGCAAACCGAAGCGCAGGAAACCUCGCAUCAAGCGGCCGACGUACCUCCAGCAGCAGCAGCAGCAGCAGACGACGACGACGGCGACGGGGAAAAACCCCACAGUUUGACUGAAACUCUUGAUUUCACCUCCAGAACUGUUGAAGGGACGACUCGCGUUGACGUCGGAGGUUUCGAAAUCGACGUCGGACUGCUUUUAAACCUGAAGCCUGCCGGACAUGAACCAGGCGUCUCCUGGGACAGUUUUUGUGCCUCUUGUCUGUUCUAAGGCUGUCGUGGGUGUUUGUGUGUGUGUCUGUGGACCAAUGAACAGUAUUAGACCGUGUUGUUACACACCUGAUGUAAAACACACACUUAAAACACACCUCAAGACGCCCGACAGUCGUGGCGUCUACAUUUCUCUCCUUCGACCAAACUGUUUCUUUAUGAAUGAAAUGUGUCUGACUUUUAUAUUUAUUGAAUUUGUUCGUACCCUAAACACACAAAACACGAGCGCACAUUCACAACAAGGCAAACACACAAACACACGACACACACACACGUAAUCAUGCAGGUGUUUUUUGCAGCAUCACAGGAGGAUCCAGUUGUGUGUCCCUGGUUUUGUAAGUUUCUGCCCACAUCUGUUUAAGAAUCACUUGUCUUUCAUUGUUUUUAUAUUUUCUAUAACGGAUGAACUCUGGCCGGGCGUUCUGCUCAUAUCGUCCUUCAUGAUCUCAACAAAGUAGCAUCGACGGACUUGUUCAGAUAUAUCUCAUCAAUUAAAAAGCAUAAUCAAAGUGA